UGCUAACUGGAUGCUACUUACGCAUACUUUAAUAUAACGCUAGUUUACUAUCCUAUUUUUCUAAAAUUACAUAGCGUGCGCCUCUAUGUCAAAGUAUAAGACUUCCGGAUACAAAGGCUCAUAUGACUACAACAAAAGUGAGGAGCGGGAGGGAAGAAGCUGUGUGCGUUACAAAUGUGGCCUGCUGAACACCAUACAGGAUGUCCUGCGCCAAAGGCCAGGUUGGAUUGAAGUCAAAGAUGAAGGAGAGUGGGACUUUAACUGGUGUGAUGUGGGCUGGCUCAGGGAGAACUUUGAUCAUUCCUACAUGGAGGAACAUGUAAGGAUAAACCACUUUCGCAACCAUUAUGAGCUGACUCGCAAGAACCUCAUGGUGAAAAACCUCAAAAGAUACCGGAAAACUCUUGAAAGGGAUGUUGGCCGCAUGGAGGCAGCCAAAUGUGACUUUUUCCCCUGCACCUUUGCACUGCCCAGCGAAUAUCAUCUCUUUGUAGAGGAAUUCAAAAGAAACCCUGGCAGCACUUGGAUCAUGAAGCCGGUAGCAAAAUCUCAAGGGAAAGGCAUUUUCCUGUUCAGGAAACUGAAAGACAUCAUGGACUGGAAGAAGGAUGGCACCCGCUCAGAGGAACAGAAGGAUGCAGCUCAAGUGGAAAGCUAUGUGGCACAGCGCUAUAUAGAGAACCCCUACCUAAUUAAUGGCAGGAAAUUUGAUCUGAGGGUCUAUGUGCUGGUCACAUCCUAUGUUCCCUUAAAGGCCUGGCUGUAUCGAGAUGGCUUUGGCCGCUUCUCAAGCACCCGCUUCUCCCUCAGCAGUAUUGAUGACAAGUAUAUGCACCUCACGAAUGUGGCUGUUCAGAAAACAGCGCCAGACUAUGAUCCUGAAAAGGGAUGUAAGUGGCAGAUGCAACAGCUUCGAAGAUACCUGACUGCAAAGCACGGCAGAGAGACGGUAGAGUCCCUGUUUAAAGAGAUGGAUAACAUCUUUGUCCGCAGUCUACAGAGUGUACAGAAGGUCAUUAUAAAUGACAAACACUGCUUUGAGCUCUACGGGUACGACAUUCUACUGGAUCAGAACCUCAAACCGUGGCUAAUUGAAGUGAACGCCUCUCCGUCGCACACACCCAGUAGUCAAGAGGAUUACGAGAUGAAGUGCCGGCUGCUGGAUGACACAUUGAACGUGGUUGAUAUGGAGGGAAGGCUGACUGGCAAGGAGAAGAGGGUGGGUGGCUAUGAUCUCAUGUGGAACGACGGGCCCGUCUAUAGAGAGGAUGUCAACCUAGAAACAAUUGGUGGUUCGUGUUUCCCUGCCAACACACACUUAGGGUGUGUAAACGACAUAGAGAAGCAGCUUCGCCGGCUUCUGAAACCAUUUCCAGGCCAGAAGAGGAUGUAACACACCCAUCAUUUUUAUGUCCCACUAUUAUAGUAGUUUGUAUGUGUAUAUGUGUCUGGGGGAGGGCAGUGAAUACAAAUAACUGAAAAACAUAAGUAAUAAUUCAUACAAAAUGAGCUUUCUGUGCACCUAGGAUGAAAUCUGAAUAUGCAAAUGAAUGAAAACCACAUUUGUAAAACUA